UAUUGUGGAUCGUUGGGACGUCCCUAUCCCAUUGAAGUCGACAUUUCAAAUUGUUAAGGGCAAAGGUUAGGGAAGGAUAAAUUAUGUUUAGGGUUGGGGUUAAGAACGCCCCAAGGAUGUGAGAUAGCAACAACAGGCCUAAAAAAAACUACGGUCUCCGAUAGUGACCACACUCAGGUUGCUCAUUUAUAUCUUUAUCUAUUCGUGUUGUUUUUAGCGUUGCAUAACAGAACAUGUCUGUAGCACGGUACCGUCGGUUCUUGAAACUCUGCGAAGAAUGGCCACGGGACGAAUCAAAGAAAGGCCGUGAUUUAGGAACGUUUCUACGGCAGAGAGUAACCCAUGCCUUUCGUGAAGGUGAAAACACACAGCUCUCUGAUCCAGAGAAGUGUGAUCAAAUAUAUGACAGCUUGGCCCGAAUCAACACUAAUGUAUACCGAGAAAGAUUCCCCCGCACAAGAGAUACCAGUUUUACAGGUGUCACAGUGGAAGAAUGUAGAAUGCUAUUAGCAACAGGUAACAUGCAGCAGAUGGAUGAGAAGAAGAAGGGCUUGUGGAAAACUCUCACGGAGCGAUUCUCCACCAAACAAGAUUUCACCCCUGAGAAGGCUCCUGAGAACAAGUAGCACUUCUGUAUGUUUUCUUUCCCCUUCAGCCACUUUAGAUGUAACCAAAUAAAUAAGAAUAAUGUUUGAUCUUGUCAUUUUAGCAGGGCCAUUGUAACAUACAGAAUAAAUUACUGAGCACA